AUGACAGAUUUAUUACCACUUGGCCUCAUAUAUUUGUUGAUUGGGAAUAUUCCUUCUAGAACUCACUCUCUGAGAUAUUUUCGUCUGGCUGUUUCGCACCCUGGCCCUGGAGUCCCUGAAUUUACCUUUGUUGGGUACGUGGACACGACGUCCCGGCAGAAGGAGCCGAGGGCUCCAUGGAUGGCGGAGAACCUGGCACCUGAUCACUGGGAGAGGUACACUCAGCUGCUGAGGAACUGGCAGCAGACGUUCAAGGAGGAGCUGAGGGGCCUACAGAGGCACAACAACCGCUCAGGGCUUCACACUUACCAGAGAAUGACUGGCUGUGAGUUGCUGGAAUAUGGCAGCACCACAGGGUUUCUCCAAUAUGCAUAUGACGGACAAGAUUUCAUUGUCUUCAAAGACACCCUCUCCUGGGUGGCUGUAGAUAAUGUAGCUCAAAUCACCAAGCGGACAUGGGAGGCCAACCUGCAUGAGUUGCAAUACCAAAAGAACUGGCUGGAAAAGGAAUGCAUUGCCUGGCUCAAGAGGUUCUUGGAGUACGGAUAA